AUAUUAAAGUGAUUGUAGUGCGUGGUGGCUCUCGAUCUUCUAUAUUUCCUUUCGUUCGAAGAUUUUACAAUUUGGAUAGUUUUAAGCUUUGUGAUUUUGAUUUCAAAUACGUAGUCCCUUGUAAAGGAGACGUUGGGACUCUCACACCAAUUAGAAAUCUGAUACUGGAUCGUGCCAUGAAUCUUAAUCAUAUAUGGAGGAAAGAUUCGGAGUUUGACCAUAUUCUUUCUAAUCUCCAAAAACUCGAAGUUUGGGAAUGUGAUGAUUUGAUAAAUAUUACAGUCUCCUCCUCAUCUUUGCAAAAUCUCACAACUUUGAAAGUGUCAUCUUGUCAAAUGAUGACAAACUUAGUUACACCCUUAGUGGUUAAGAAUCUUGUGCAAUUAACGAGAAUGAGGGUGACGGGGUGCACUAAAAUGACAGACAUAGUGGGAAAUGGGGGAGACUGCCAUCAGACAAUAGUUGUGAGUAAAUUGAAAUGUUUAGAACUACGCUAUUUACAGAGCCUCACAAGCUUUUGUUCAAGGAAUUACACCUCCAACUUCCCUUGUUUGGAAGAAUUAGUUGUGGAACGUUGUCCUAGAUUAAAGACCUUUACUGAAGGAGUUUUAAGCACCCCACAGUUACAAAGAGUAAAACAGUCGAGUUGCCGUGAGAAAUGGAGUUGGGCAAGUGACUUAAAUACCACCAUACAACAGCUCUACACGGAAAAGGAUGAAUUCUAUGACGGAUAGGAUUUGGACAUCUCUGACACAAUUCCCAAGUCAAUAGAAAUAUGGAUUAGAAACCCUCAAGAAAUUUUGGGCUUCAAAAACCUUGUUUCGUUGCAUUUUUAUAAAUGUAGUAGCUUGAAGUACAUAUUUACUUCAUCUAUGCUUUUGAGCCUCAAUCAACUACAAGUGAUAAAAGUAAAAGAAUGCAGUUCAAUGGAACAAGUGGUUAGGGAGGAAGCAAUGACAAAUAAAUUCACAUUUCUUGCACUCUUCUCCAUAAGAAUUGAGUUGUGUUCCAACUUGACAAAUUUCUAUUUGGGAAGUCAAGCUCUUGAAUUUCCAGAGCUGAGAAAUAUCACGAUAGCUGAGUGUCCAAAAAUGACUACAUUUUCUUCCUCAGUUUCAAGAGGAAGUGGAGAUGCAAGUGAAAACGUGGUUGGCGAGGGGGGCAUCUAUGAUAACCCUGCAAUAUUUUUCAGCAAUAAGGUAAGUUUAGUAUUCAAUAUUUAUCUGCACAACUUAUUUCACAUUUUCCUUUUAUUUGAUUAAUUUAUAUGAGUGUG